AUGGCACAUUAUCCACUAUUAACGAAGCAUUCUUCGUUCUAUCUGGCGAGAGAAAGAAUCGGCGAAGAUGAAGAGUUUAUUUUUCAAGGGCAGAACUCACCGCCGCUGAGAAAUAUCAACACCGCACAACUUCUCAAUGAGCAAAGAGAGCGUCGUGGUGAAAAUGUCGCAGUGGUAUCUGAAUGGCAAAACUCCUCCACACUUCAAUACGAAUCACUAAUUCAUUCCGUUCGAGAUAUCGCCAGAAGCCUGCUGGGUCUAGGAGUUCGUCACGGGGACCGCAUUGUCGUGUUAGCGGGAAAUAGUAUUGAAUACGUCCAGCUUUUUCUUGCUAUUGGAAGUAUCGGAGCGAUAUUUGCGAUCAUCAAUUCCUCAUUCACAGUGGAAGAAGUUGAAGUUGCUGUGGAUUUCCUUGGACACGGGAAACUCAUUAUGUGGCCUGUUGGAUCCGCACAAAGCUAUGGUGACCUUUUGACUUGGACAAGUUUUCGCCUAUCUGGGUUGAAUGUCAAGGAGAAUUUGAUUGACAGGUACUGGGGUCAGGUUGAUCCAAACGAUGCGCUAUGCAUCCAGUUCACAAGUGGUACAACAGGUCCUAGGAGGGCAUCUAUGUUAGCCCACCGAAACCUUCUUAACAACGCUGACCUUCUGGGACAUCGCCUCAACAUGUCUUCUGAAGAUGUAUUGUGCUGCUCCCUUCCUCUUUCGCAUUGUUUUGGACUUGUCUGUGGUGUUCUUGCAACAAUCACGCAUGGGGGCACUGUUAUUAUCCCUUCAGAUGUAUUCAACCCCAACGCAAGUCUUCGGGCCAUUAGUGAACACCAAUGCACAGUCAUCCACGCAGUUCCAACCAUAUUUCAGGCUCUGAUGGAUUUUGCUGCAGCUCAAAGUUACACAAAAAGGCUCAAACUGAGGACUGGUAUCAUCGCUGGCUCCAGCCUUUCCGAAACUUUGUUGCGGCGACUUCAGGCAGAGCUCGGACUGGACGGACUCGCCUAUGCAUUUGGUAAUAAAGAAUUUCCGUGA